GCGGUCCCGCCGCGGGGCCGGUGCGGUGCGGCCGGGCCGGGCUCCUCCCCGCGGGGGCGGCCCCGGCGGCAGGUGGCUGCUCGGCAGCAGGAAGCCGCCACCGUCGGUUGCGCCAACCCCCCGCCUGUGCCGCCGCCGGGGCUCCCCGCCGCACCCGCCGUCGGGGGAGCUGCGCCCGCCCCAGCGACCCCCGCCCCAGCCUCUGGCUUGUUUCCCCCCUUCUCCCCUCUUUUUUUUUUUUUCCCCUUCCUUCUCCCCUCUAACUCCUCUCCACUUGCAUUCGGAAGGAUCCCGACGGGUUUCGCGGCGGCAGGCGCACUCCGUCUCCUCUCGGCGGCCGGCGAGCCCCCCGCGCCCCCCUGCCCUCGCCGCCCGCCCCGCCGCUGCCGCGAUGAGCGCCGCCGCCCCGGCUCCGGAGCCCGACCCGCAGGAGGGGGGCCCCGGGCCCGGCCCCGGCCCGGCCCGGGAGGGCAGCCCGCAGGAGGAGUUUGACUUCUCCAUCCUCUUCGACUACGACUACCUGAAGCCGAUUGAAGAAGAACCGACUCCACAUAAAACCAACAGCCCACCCUCUGGAGUUACAUACGCUCAUGAUGUCUUGGACUGUGGCCUCAAGCCAUGCCCCCUGCCUUUUUCUAGCCUUUCUGCAGAUCCCAUGGGCAGAUAUGGACAGCCAGAUAGCAUAGGGACAACACCUACACACCCUGCCAACGCUGCAGGGGCCUCUGCUCCGAGCCCUAGGAUUGAAAUUACUCCAUAUCAUGAACUGAUUCAUUCAGGGGGUCCCUUCCGCAGCAGAGACACAGAUGUUCUUUUGGUAGAACAUCAGUCAAACUCAGCUACCACUAGCCCAAGGGUUACCCUGCCUGUCCCUGGCUUUGAGGGCUACAGAGAACCACUGUGUUUGAGCCCAGCUAGUAGCGGCUCCUCUGCAAGUUUCAUUUCAGAGACAAAUGUAUCUCCUUGCACAUCACCAUGUGUUUCACCAAAUAAUGGUCCUAGUGAUGACCUUUGUCCACAGUUUCAAAACAUCCAUACUCAUUAUUCUCCUAGAACCUCUCCAAUAAUGUCACCACGAACAAGCAUCACGGAGGAAACCUGCUUGGGACGACAUUCACCAUCACCCUGUCCCAACUCAAGGUCUUCAUCACCAGGUGCAAAACGGAGGUACUCUUGCACUGAGCUCUACAGUACUCAGCUGCCUUCCACUUCUCCACGACAGUCAAGGACCCCCUCUCCACAAUCCUCUCCUCGCAUCCCCUUGAGAGAAGACAACUCUUCAGUUACUUACACGCAGUUGCCCAGCGCUCCUCUUUCCAUGGAUGCUAUGAACAGCCUUCCUACAGAUCCUUCCUGUGGUGUUCCCACGAAAAUUUGGAAAACCAGCCCUGAUCCUUCAUCAAUGCCUUCCCACAAAAACAGCAUUCCAUGUCACGUCUUUCAGACUGUUGACUUCCAUGGGCCUUGUGAGCAGGAGGACAGGAGAAACUCAGCCCCAGAGUCAAUUUUGUUGGUACCUCCAUCCUGGACAAAGCAACUGGUGCCUGCAAUACCUAUCUGCAGUUUGCCGGUCCAGUCGCUCCCGCCCCUCGAGUGGCCGCUCUCCAGCCAGUCCGGCUCCUACGAGCUGCGGAUCGAGGUGCAGCCGAAGCCCCACCACCGGGCACACUACGAGACGGAGGGGAGCCGAGGGGCCGUCAAGGCGCCGACCGGAGGCCACCCAGUCGUCCAGCUUCACGGUUACAUGGAGAACAAACCCUUGGGUCUUCAGAUCUUCAUUGGGACAGCAGACGAACGGAUACUUAAACCUCAUGCUUUCUAUCAAGUCCAUCGCAUUACAGGAAAAACUGUCACCACCACCAGCUAUGAAAAAAUCAUUGGCAACACCAAAGUUUUAGAGAUUCCAUUGGAACCCAAAAACAACAUGAAAGCAACCAUUGACUGUGCGGGGAUUUUGAAGCUGAGGAAUGCAGACAUCGAGCUGCGCAAGGGAGAGACAGACAUCGGCCGGAAGAACACCCGCGUCCGGCUUGUUUUCCGCGUGCACAUCCCCGAGUCCAAUGGCAGGAUCAUUUCUCUGCAAGCAGCAUCAAACCCCAUCGAAUGCUCCCAAAGGUCUGCUCAUGAACUUCCAAUGGUUGAAAGACAAGACAUUGAUAGCUGCCUCGUUUAUGGAGGACAACAGAUGAUCCUGACAGGGCAGAAUUUCACAGCAGAGUCCAAGGUGGUGUUCACAGAAAAAACAUCAGAUGGGCAGCAGAUCUGGGAAAUGGAGGCAACAGUGGACAAAGAUAAAAGCCAGCCUAGCAUGCUUUUUGUAGAAAUACCGGAGUACCGUAACAAGCACAUUCGCACAGCUGUGAAGGUGAAUUUCUACGUCAUCAAUGGGAAAAGAAAAAGAAGCCAACCCCAGCAUUUUACCUAUCACCCAGUACCAUCAAUCAAAACAGAGCCCAUUGAUGACUAUGAUCCAGCCUUAAUCUGCAAUACAGUACACAGUGGUCUGGGAACAGUAACACAGCCUUACUAUUCACAGCAUACAAUGGUCACCGAAUCCCCUUCCUGUCUUGUGGCCACUAUGGCUCCUUGCCAGCAGUUGCGCUCAGGCCUUUCUUCUCCUGAUUCUCGAUACCAUCAGCAGAAUCCAGCCGCUGUAAUAUACCAAAGAAGCAAGAGCCUUAGCCCGAGCCAACUGGGCUACCAGCAAUCCAAUUUGAUGGCUACUCCAGUUGCUAUUUCAGAUGCCCAUAGGUCAGUGCUGGUGCACGCUGGUUCUCCAGGCCAAACUUCUGCAGUGCUCCACCACUCUCCAGGCAACCAGCAGUCUUCUCCAGUGAUUCACUAUUCUCCAACCAAUCAGCAACUGAGGUGUGGAAGUCACCAAGAAUUUCAGCACAUCAUGUGCUGUGAAAAUUUUACAUCCAAUGUUGCAAGAUCCAGCCAGCCCCAGGUCGGUCAAGCACAAAGGUUAAGUCCAAGUUCAUACCCUACAGUGAUUCAGCAGCAGACAGCCUCUGGCCAGCGAGCAGCAAAAAAUGGACCACCAGUUAGCGACCAGAAAGAAGUGUUACCAGCUGGAGUCACUAUAAAACAGGAACAAAAUCUGGACCAAGCGUAUCUGGAUGAUGAGCUGAUAGAUACACACCUUAGCUGGAUACAAAACAUUAUAUGAAAAAGAAUGACUGUGAUCUUUGAUCCAAGCAAUCAAAAAGAAAGUUAAUGAAAUUAUCAGGAAGGAAUUUUCUGGACUCCCUGCCAGAAAUCAGACAUAGAAGAGAUUUGUGAGACAACUUUUACUGAAUCCUUCCAUAACUGACCUCUUAGAUCCUUCCAGUGCCCCUGCAACCUCCUGCUUCCUUAACUGUUCAUCUCAAGGCACCAAUUCAAUGCAAGGAACAAUGUAUUGGCAUCAGGCUGACAGCCUUGACUAAGCAACUUGCCACCUCUCUCUGUAAACAUCAAGAAGGACACCCUUCCUUUCGUCCAAAGAUCGUAUUGUUCUCAUGUAACAGAGCAUCUGUCUGAGGAAACUCUUCAAGCCUGCUGCAAAAUAUCUAUCUAUGUAUCGAUCUAUCUUAGUAAUAAGGGAGAAGUGAUAGGUCACUCCUGAACACUGCACAAAGCAAAGGAGGUUAUAUAUUAGUGCUUAUUUGGGUGGGGUGGGAAACGGGGGAAGAAAGAGUAAUAUAUUCCAUAAAAGAAAAAUGACAUUUUGUGGUUCACUAACAAUGACUUGCCCUCAGGUCUCUUAAGCCCUUCUGAGAAAUUUUGAAGUUGUAGGAAACUGAGGCAACCCAAGCUUGCUUGGCCUUUAACCGACCUGGGAUCAAAAGCCACUUUUUUCUGACUGAGCACUGUGAUCAGUAUUUCAAACAGUAGAUGUCAGCUGAAUUCAGGAGCUUUCUUCAUUUUUCUUGUCCAAGUGGGUAGGAAUUGAAGGAGAGGGAUGCUCACAGAUAACCAGUGAAAAGAGAAAUUCAGCAGUUGUAACGCCUGUCCCAGGGUAAAAUAAACCCAGAUAAAACAGAAAUUAAUAUAUAGGAGUCACAGUAAAUCCAAAGAUUUUAUGAUUGAUCCUUGUUAAUAUUUAGGCAGUGUAUGAACACAUCUUAGUUAUUUUCUCUCUAAGAAAUUGUUGCUGUUUCUUGUCGUAUAGAACCUGCUGUUGGCUCAUAACUUGACUCAUUUAGCAGCUGUAAUAUUUAACCACACAAGCUGCAGAAGAAAAUAAUUGCAUCUUACAGAAGCCAUAUGUUCCAGAAAAAGUAUACGCUUAUUUAUAUUCACCUUGUCUCUUUAGCUUUGCAAAGCUACGAGCAAUUUCUGGAAAGGUUAAAUUUCCAUGUGAGUUAGUAUGUUUGUAUGUUUUGCUUCAUGUGUUAGAAUAUACUGUACUGACACAUGCUUAUCAUGAUAAAAGAUAACCGCUGCCAUCUGCAGUUGUACGGCUAGCAAGUUUAUAACAUUUUGGUGUGUCAUUGCUCCCACAGUGUGAUAAAAAGGCAUCGUGAAUGGAUAAUCAAUGUACAGGAAAGGAUAUCCAUAACAUGGUAGUAAAUACAUAGUAAUAUUUCCUAAUUUUGUAAAUGAGGAACGCUGAUACUUUUAAGAGUGCAGAGCCUGAGCUCUGUUCUAGAAAAAAAAAAGUGAAACUAUGCUGUUUUCAGUUGUUUCACAGUAAACUUUGCUGAAUACCUACGUGUUCACAUGCUUACAGCAGGAAUUAGGUUAUAUGAAUACAGCAGACCAGCAGAGCGGCUGCAUAACUGGUUCCCCAAUAUUGCAAGAAAGAUCUUGCACAAACCCUGCAGAGUAUGUGCUCGUUUCAACAGAAAACAUUUCAGGAGCAUUGAGAAAAAUACAUUUUCUGCCGCUAAAAGUUGGUGCUUAAGUUCUGCAAGGUCAUCUGUCAGUUUUAGAGUGGGAGACAGAAGCAUUAGACUCCCCAGAACACCUGACCUGACCGCCUGUUACCAGCAGAGGUGAAAAUGGCCAGGUUUAUUGCUGACUUUUACGGAAACAAAACUGAAGCUCAGACUAGCUGAAAUGACUUCUGCACAGGGGAAUUAUUGAUUGUUAAACAGCACUCAUACAGUACUUUGACUGGCUCACAUGCCUCAAAUAAGCUAUUUUGGACUGUUUUAAAACUGCCACUUCACCAGAAUCUGACAUAUACUAUGGAUUUUUAAUGCAGUCUGGUGUUUUGCAUCACUUUGAGCAAUUCCUCAGGCCAAAAGUUGCCUGUCAGAAGUUCUUUGCUGCAUCUGAGUAAAAGAACAGACCGAAUGUGUCUGCCGGUUUCACAGAAUUCAUGCUUGGAAGUAUCAAAAAUGAACAUCUAGUUUUCUCUGAAUGAAACCUGUGACAUAUAGGAGAAGUUUAAAAAAACCCCAUUCACAUAAACCCCCAAAUAACUGACAAGCUUUUCUCUUACUGGAUUUUAAAUAGAUUAUCAAAGAAGAACAUGAACGUCUUUUCAAAUCUGUAGAUGCACUGAUGUAAUCUAAAAAUAUUGCUGCUUAUUUAGUGAUUGUCGAUAGCAACUGCUUGUCAAUAGUCCUCUGUAUACAGAUAAGUGGCUGAUCUUGAAGUCAGAUAACCACACACCAAGUCCACUCACAGUCCUCCUGCAAUGUGCAAUUGCAAUAUGCAUGUUCGUGAUGUGGACUCAUGUUUAUUUUUAAUUUUUGCCACUAUCCCCCACUGAUCAUUUAAGCAUCUUUCUCCCCUUUUUACUAUAAGGCAUAAUAAAUGUGCAUAGCAGACAAGAAAAAUGUGGACUUAUAGCAAAGGCUUUUCAGCAUUCAAAGGGACCCAGGCAGGGAAGCUCCUGAGCCCCUGGAACACUCCAGCAAAGCUACUUUGCAGGAUGCACCCAUGAAACAUGCGCUCUUUAACCAAAAGACAAAAUUUCCACUGCUCUUUUGUGUCCCUUUGGGCACUUUGCUGUAGAGAGGGGGAGAGGGUUAUUUUAUUUUUUUUAAAACGUGCUACAAGUGCUUUACUUGUGCUUGCAUUAGCUGUAUUUCUUCCUCAUUUUUAAUGCAUAGGUAUUAAUCUGUAUGUGUGUUUGUGUAGGUGCAUAUACAUGCAUAUUUUUAUAAUAUAACCAUAUAUACCUAUAUGGCUAUAUUAUAUAAAUAUGAUGAUAUACGAACACACACAACCCCAUUACAAACUUGAGUCACGAUCCUAUAACUGGCUCCAGUCAGCCAGCUGUCUGCAGGCACAUGAAGCCAGCUACUGGAUCGAGGGGGUCAUAAGAUGUAUAUAAUAUAGACUACAUUUUAGUGGUUUUAUUUACAGCUACAUGAGGUCAGGCUGUGCUACUCUAUUUGCUUUUACAUGCAACUGUUAGUCAAAUAAUACAGCUUUAACCAACUUUAUAUUUAUUUCUGGAGAAAAGGAGUAUCCUCAGACAUAGCGUUAUGCAUUGCUGUCUCUUUUUAAAAAGAAAACCAGUAUGUUAAAAUUAUAUAGCUAGGCUGAAGAACUUCAAAAUAUACAGUACUAAAUUAUUUCCUGUUCUUGCUGAGCAGUGUUUUUCCAGUAUUAAUAUUUUGUUACUUAGUACAACUUAUUUGCGCUCUUUCUGUAGAAGCAUUAGCUUAACCUUGGAAGAGUUAAUACCAUUUUGUGAGUAAUUUGUUCUCACUUUAUCUGGAAGAUAGCCAUAUUUGCACAUGAGGAAAUACUGUCUUUCCUCAGUUAUCUGAAUGUUUCACCACAGUGCCUUCCUGCCAUUGUACCAAAGGCCUCCAAAUAUAUUGUCUAGAGGGUGAACAACUCUAAUGCAUUUUUCCAUCAAAGUUAUACCAUGCAAAGUACAUGGGGCUCGUUGGAACUCAAAAGUUCAUCUCUUUCUUUUUUUGUGUGUGUGUGUGCAUUUUUUUAACUUCCAUUUUUCCGUCCAAGCUUUGGCUGCAGAUACAGGAUGAGCUUCUAUAAACUUCUGCAUCAAAUAUAUGAAUACGUAGAAUAAAAUCAUCAUUCAUGAUAUGUAAACAGUCUGAGAGUGGAAUGGGAGUGGACAGAUAUCAGGAUGACUUUUUUUUUUUGUCAGUUAUGAGCGUUGGAAGUACAGUUUGGCAGGAGAGUAAUUGCUCAUGAAGAUACUUGCAAUGAAGUAUGAAGUCCCGUUUUUGUUUUUCUCCAUGAGAAUGAGCAAAAUGUAAGAUCUGAACAACAGUGAUGGAACGAAGUGUCUAAUGUAUGUGUUUUUAUUGGUAGAAAGAAUGUAGAAGAGCCAUGGUUUUUGCACUUGCUUUAUUUGUAUCCAUGUAAAUAUGUAUCACUUCCAUUCUUCUUGUAGGAAUACAGCAUUUUCUGAAUGUAGAAUAUUUCCAAAACCAGCACUAUGUUAUUCUCUAUUGUAUAAAAUACUGCUGCUUAAUAACGUAUCUAAAACAGUUCUCAGAUUAGCUAGCAUGUUUUUAAAAGUAUAUUUUGUAAUCCAUAUCUUUACAAAAAAGUGUCUAUGCUUUUUGUCUGACCAAAUAUGCAACACCUUUUGGAUUAAGGAUAGUAUUUAUAAAGGAUCAAUUUUCAUUUUCUAAGUGUAUUAAUUUUCUAUGCAAUUGUUGUUGAAUUGUUAUUGUUCUAAAAAGAAAUAUUUGAUAAAUUUUCCAAAGACUUCAAAGACAGCUUUAAACGCUUCAGAAAUAUGUUUCUAAAUAUUUCAAUCUGACUUUUCCCACUGCAUUUCUUUCCAAAUUGCUACUUAAUAAGGAACAGUUAUCUGCCAGAUGGGAUUCAAGAAAAUUACUCUCUUAAUUUCAAAUUGUAAGUUGAUUCAGAUCUUCAUAAAUUUUGCACCACUUAAAAUCAUCAGAUGUUCCAGUUUAUCUGCUAUUCUAAGUGUUUGUUAUUUAUAUUAUGUAUUCCUGUGCAAUAGGAAGAGACACCAAUGUUGGAUUUAGACUGGGUGAAUUCCAAAUUCUCCAGAAAUCAACUGUUUUCCUCAUCGUUUACAUUGCAGUGUUUUCUUACCUGUAAAUGUAAGGCAUCUAUUUGCCAUCACACCUGGAAAGUUAUAAUUCUUUAUUCAUCUCAGUUCAGAAGGAAUAAUCCACUUCUUUGAAUGUUUGACAUAAGAUUGACAUCUGUCUUUAAUGUCUGCUACUUUAUAACUGCAGUGGGUGACAGCUGGUAGCUAUUUGCUCAACUACCAGCCAGUAUCUAAUCUAUUACAGUCUGUUAAAGAUUUGUUUAGCCAUUUUCAUUGUUCCUGGGGUACAAAAAAAUAUAUAUAAUAUUGGUACCCAACUCACAUUGCAAUAAAUUUCAAAUGAAGGUGCUGGUACUGUGUAAGAUCGUAUAGGCUGCAGAUGAGUGGUUAUCUGGGAAAAGCUAGUAAUUUGAGGUUUAUUUCAAUAACUCUCAGAAAAUAGCAAAAUCGGGUAGAAAGUUCUAGAAUGACUGACUCACAAAAAUGAGUAAUGAUUUAUGUGUCUGUAAUAGCCCAGAAAUCCAUGGAUGUGGUGUUGGAAUAAUCAGUUAUUCCAGGAUUAAACUGUCUUUAUUUUCCUGAUGCUGAUCAGUACCUUACUACACAAGUAGUGUGGGGAGACCUGGCAACAGAGAAUCAAGCUACAGUUCUGUCUUAAUAAUGGUGGCCUAAUCGGGACUUACAUAUUUGUGUGUACAUGUGUGUAUGAUUAUGUGUAAUUAUGAAGUGAUCCCCUCCUCACAGAAGUCCAAGCCUCCUUGCUGAAGUUCUACCCUUUAUGUUCAGGUAAAACCAUAUGUUAAUAAAUAUGAGCGAGCAAUUGUCGCUGAAAUCAUCCUGGCAGAUGUCUUUUUAAUCAAGCUGUUCAUUCAGAAACCUAACUUUAAGAAUCGGAAAAGGUUUUAUACCAUUCACAUUCCUACAACAACAAUGUUAACCUCCAAUGUAAUGAUUUUUUGCUAUCUGUAAAAUAUUUUUAUAUAUUGCCUGUACUAUGGUAGUUUAGCAAUAAAUGAAAGGAUAUCAUCUGCUG